GUGGAAAAUGAAGAUGUAGAUUAAAUGGAUCCUUUUUAUCUGCAAGUGGAUGCAUCGGAAUGAAGUAGAGCAGGAAGCGUCUUGUUUACCAAUUGUGGCACCUGAGUCACUGCUACCAGUUUUUUCCAUUUUUUGUCUGCACAUGAUUCACAACGAUUUGAAUAGAAAUACUCAGAAAUGCAAUUUAAAUUUACUUUUUUUUUCAUUGGAAUGGGUCUUCAGAACUGUCAUGCUGUGAUGAAGCUUUCAUUAAAUCGAAAUAAUGCACAGGUAAUUCAAUUCUCACUGCUGUAGAAAGAGUUAACGUCUUUGUUCAUUGUCUAUUGUUUGUGCGUCUGAUCUUAAACACAGGAACCCCGAAAAACUAAUAAUUCUCAGUUUUCCGAUUAUUGUGAACGCAUCACAGAUGUUUACGUUUAACCAGAAUCCAAUUCUACGAUUGGUCCGUUCUGAGUCAACGCGGGAAAUUUCUUCUACCGACUUCAAUGUGGUUAUUUAUUUUUCUUGAUCAAGUUUGUAAACUUCGAGGCUUACUUUGAUUCUUACUAAACCAACAAAGAUAAAAAAAAAAUGUUUUAUUACCCAAAUGUCCUCCAGAGACACACAGGAUGCUUUUCUACUGUUUGGUUAGCCGCUACCAGAGGUAUUCAAGUCCAUCGCAAAGAGCUCGUGAAAGUCAAUGUUAAGCGAACCUGUGGGGCCAUUUUGGACUACAUCACUGCACAGGUUCCUCCACCACAGCCCAACCAGCCGAGGCCUCGCUUUUCUCUCUACCUGUCUUCCCAGCUACAGUAUGGAGUGGUUGUGGUCUACUACAAGCAAUGUGGCUUCCUGCUUGAGGAAAUUCAGCAAACCAUCCACCGCCUGCUGCGCUGUAAAAGACACGUGCGCAUCGACAUGGAAGAGCCCGAAAGGAUGCUGAUGGAUGUUCCUGACAGUCUGGAGAUGCUGGUGGAGACGGAUGGAGCUCAGGACCCCUUCUUCGGUGUCUUGGAAUCUUAUCAUAUCCCCAGUCCAAAUGAAAUAUACCAGGCUGAUUUUGUGAUUGCAGACAGAGAUGUGCAGGACUCCUUGAAGCGCAGCCGUAACUCAGCACCUAAUAAUGGCUUCAGCUCACCUCCAGCUGCCAUCACCCUGACGGAGAAGGAGCCGUUUGUCAUCAACACUGCUGAGUAUUUUGAGGGGGACGACCUCCCUGAAGCCACUGCCAAAGACAUCGAGCUGCUGAUGGAACAGCCAGACCUGUUCUGGAAAGAAGCCGAGCGGCAGCAGACGGAGGACCUGGUCAAAGACCAGGGAACCGUUUCCUCUAUUGAUCAGCUGAAGGAGACCACACUGGGAGGGGAGCAGGACAGUGUGUGGCUGCCGGACGAGGAUGCUGACCGACCGGUGGGGCUUCUUGCAGCAGCUGCUGCUCUCGAGAUGACGCCUCAACACGUUGCCAUGCCAACUCCGUCCAGAAGAGCAUCCGAGAGCUUAGGAGAUGAACCAGCAGGAAUUUUGGAUGCAGAGAUGGCUGUUCCUCCUCGUCGGCAGCGUGAACGCAGAAGACAGCUGGUUUUUGCAGACGUACAGGUCCAGCUAUCCCACAGUGCCAUGCAGGAGCAGAUUGGAAACCCACAGACCGGGACACUGAAUCUGGCUGAGGUGAUUCUGGGCUCUGUGAUCAACUGUGACACUCCUGCUCAGCUCUUUGUCGCCCCCUGUGGAGCUCUUCUCCACCCUGACCUCCUGUCGCUAUGGAAACAGCAGGCCUCACUCUCCGUCCUGCCGGGAGAAAGGCAGAGUGGGGAGGAGGAGGCCAUGGAAAUACUCAGGGCGGAAAGGAAGAGAAGGCACUCUUACAUGAAGGAGCUGUCUGGUGUGUCAGGAAUCCAACUUUCAGACGCCUCAUCUGUGUCAGAUGUGAUCCACGACCUGUCCAAAGAAAAUAGAUCUUCAAGCGAUGUGCUGACUCCUGCCAGCAGAUGGUCUCUGCAGGAGGAGCUCCAGCUACCUAUGGAGCCCAUCAUGGAGGAAAACAUUAAGAUGCCAGAGGUUCCUGAUGACAUUGAAGACGGAAACAUGUCGAGCUGGAUCUACUCCACCAUUCAGGGACUCGGACAGGUUACUUUUGACUCACUGCUGCCCCCAGAGGCCGACCGGUUCAUUGCAGCUCAGACUCUCAACAAACUGCUGGAGCUGCUGUCAGACCAACAGGUGACUGCGUCUCAGUCUGAGCCCUAUGCCGACAUCGUCAUCAACCAGGCUGAGCUCAGGACGUCUGCCUGAAAGUCCCGCCCCCGCCAAUUCUCAUUUAUCCGUUCCUGAAUUUGCAAGCGAUAUUGGAGCUGUUUUCAUGCACAUUUUUCUAACUGUUCCGAAAAGUUUGUUAAAGUUUGUUAAACUGAUUGAGUUUAGAUACUUUUUUAAUCCAAACAUUUUCUUCAAAUGUGCUGUUUGUGUUUUAUAUGUUGUAAAAUGAAUUUUAAAACUGGAAAAUUGCAGACUUACAUUCAGAGCGUGGGGUUUCCCAGUUUUCUUAUGUUUAAUGUUUAGACAUGAAUUAAAUAUUGAUGAAACACCGUGGAAAUGUGGGAGUGUGACCUCAUGUGAUGCUAGACUGUGGCUUAUAUGGGCAGGAAAAAGUCCUGGAUCAUAAGCGGCUGUUGUUGCUUAUGGUGCAGAGAAGUGUGCAUAAAUGAAAGGUGACAGGCGCAGGUUUAUCUUCCUGCGUCUGACAGGAACAGAUUGCAUGUUGCUGGCAGGAAUCUCCCAUCUGACCUUACGCCUCAGCAACUCUGCGUAUUUGAGGUGUUUUUGCUCGUUAAAUGCACCGGCCGCUGGUGUUUGUUUGUGUGGGAGACGGAGAUCUAUACAACACCCGGAUGUGACCGAGAGGACUGAGCUGCAGAAACAUCCAUCACAUCCUGGAAUGGUACUCGUUUAUGUUGCAGGGAUGUGCCAGAAACGAAAUAAGUCAAGACAGGGAGACCUGAAAAUAAAGUCAACAUGCAGAGCAUC